AUGAGGAAAUCGGCUAGCACGAGGUCGGCGUUCGCCCAUUUCGAGGAAGUGGAAGUGGUGGAAGCGCGGAGGCCGACGACGGUGAAGGAAGGGAAGAGCAAGAAGUUGAUGGCGGAUGAGGAUGGAGGGGAGGACAGCGGGGUGGAUGCCAAGGCGGACGACUUCAUCAACAAGUUCAAGCAGCAGCUGAAGCUGCAGAGGGUCGACUCCAUAAUAAGGUACAAGGAGAUGGUGGGCAGAGGGAGUGGUACUGGGAAGUGA